ACGAUUUCCUCAGCUCUCGAUUUCUUAAAUUACCUGGAAUCUAGAGAUGUAGAGUUUGAGCAGCUCAAGUACCUCUAUCUCCCUUUGUUAGAUCUUGAGAGAAAGUACAGGUUGACACUAACACCAAUCAUAUUGAACAACAGUUUCGACGACACUAGCUUACCUCAAGGUAUACGCGACAGGCUCGAGUUUAAUAUCUUGAAAGCCGCAUUCGACAGACGCGUAGUUGAACAACGUGUAUUUAUCAAAAAUCUUGAAUUAACAGAGAAGCUACUACAAGUGUCUAUAUUACUGUUUUUACUAUCUAAAGCAUCUGUACAAUCAGAGGAUACCAAACCACGUAAACGUAAACGCAAAGCAAAGGAGCUUACGAAUGAUUAUGAUAGCAUUCACGAGAGAUUAGAGUUCGCUGUCGAUAGACUUGUACUUUGGCAGACACUCAAUAAUACCCCACUAUUAGAAACAGACAAAGAUAAACAAGAGAAGAAGCCAAAGGCGGAUGAGAUACAGAAGUUUUACAAACAUACUGUAGAUUCUAAGUUUAGAAAGAAGCUCCCAAAUGUGUGCAAAGCAAUGAGAAGCAAAUGCUUUACUGAUGAAAGUAGAGACGAUAAUGUUGAUCUUCCACCGCCACUUCUUCCUACGCCUAGCAACAAUGCAUCAAUAACAAAGACGCGAUCUACAACGCCACAGGUUGAAGAAUUGGAACGUGAAUCGUCCGUCGCCAGCGUGGAUCUUGAAAGGAAAGGCUCACUUCUUGACAGAGAGUUAUCGUUGCAGCGGGGUCGUUCACUUUCCCGUCAACCUUCUUCGUCACUGAAAAUGUUCGCAAAUAGAGUGGUAGGUGUAAGUCGCAAGAGUACAGCUGUCAAAGACAAGAAAGAGAUGUCAUCAAAAGUCGCAACAAAUGCAUUUGAAGCACUUUCUGGUGAACCUUCUGCUUCAGAAACCCAAAAUACCACUAGAAUUGAAAAGAAAUCGACCUUAGUAGCAGCAACGCCAGCAAAGAAAGAAAAACACAUCCAGGUGACCAAUAGUAGCAAGGCCAUUUUAGUAGCAGACAGCCCCGUAAAGGCUCCAGUCUUUGGAACAACAAUGGCAGCAAGUGAUGAAGACUUUCAGGAAGAUGACAUUAUUCCAGACACACCUCAGAAGAAACACAAGAGCAAUGAUAAACCUCAAGGUAAAAGGAUGCUUCUCAGUGAACUCAAUAAGCUCACUGAAUAGCCUGUAAAAUAUGUACAAUACAUG